GACGGCUCCCUCGCACAUCCUUAUCGUUUCUCCCUCCCUUGCGCUGCUGGCCCAGCGCCGCCGAACCCCAAGCUCCUGCUCCGGGACCGGGAGCAAUGCGAGGCUCCCGGCCGGGCGGGGCCGCUCCGGCGUCCUUGGCCCGGAGCUCCAGCUGCGGCUUCCACGCCAUGAUCUGGCCGGCGACAGCGAAUAAUCCGAGUCGGAUCGGCCUCUCCUCCGUCCGAGCAGCCCGGCGGCGGCUGUCCCGCGCCGGCGACAGGGCCACGGGAGGAGUCUGCUACGCGAGCCAGGCGGUCGAGCUGCUGCCGGCCCUGUGCCCCGAGAUCGUCGUCCGGGACGCGCGGCUCGAGGACUGCUGGGAAGUGGCCGACACCCACUGCGGCUCGUUCUUUCCCGGCUACAAGUUCCCGCUGGACCUCGUCCUGCGGAUCGACCGUUACAUUGCGCUGCUGUCCGGAUUCACAGUCCCGCCCGGGUGCAUGAGGACGUGCCUGGUCGCGGUCAAUUCUAAUUCUGUAAAUAAUACCUUCGACGUCGAUUGUGGAGAUGCUGGGGAUGCCGAUUUUCAGAAGUACAAUCUCAGCAGAGGCUCCAUAGCUGGCAUCCUAACGAUUGAUACCGUGGCGGACUAUCUUCCGAGGAGGGGAUCCCUCAAGCAAAGAAGAACAGGUAUUGCAUAUAUAGCAAACGUCGCGGUGCGAAAGGAGGAACGGCGGAAAGGAAUCGCUAAAAUGUUGGUCCAAGAAGCAGAGGCACGGGCAAGGAGUUGGGGAUGCCGGUCCAUGGCAUUGCACUGUGAUGUAAACAACAUAGCUGCCCUACGCCUGUACAAAAAACAAGGCUUCAAAUGCAUCCGUGUACCGGAAGGGGCUAGAUGGCCCGAACCCAAGAUAGCUGAAGGAGUGCGAUACAGCUUCAUGAUGAAGCUAGUGCCCAAGACUUGAGCCGUGUAAGUUCUGAUCAGGAAUUGAAAAAGUUCAUGUUUGUAGAUUCUGCACAGAUGAUAGAUGCAUCAUUCACAUGUACAGCAGUUGGUAUGCAGUCGUGGCUACUUUGUAGGGGUGCAAAUUGGUGACUAUUAGGUGCACCUCCAACCCUUUUUAGUUCAAAGUUUUGUACUAAUUUUUUAAAAUGAGAUCUGAUUUUGGAGAAGUAGUACAAAAUUUUGAACUAAAGAGGGUUGGAGGUGCAUAUAAGGAUCACUAAUUAACACCCUUACUACUUUGUAAAUGGUAUAUAUCAGCUACGUGCUGUUCCAAAGUGGGAAGGGUGGACUAAAAACAUGUUCUCCUGCUCAUGAUUAGUAAAGAGGGAUUGGAUUACCAUAUUAAUUUGGGGUA